UUGAUUGCUUCUGACUGGUGCUUGUUGAAUGAACAUGGCGGCUACUCCGGCAACAAAUCCGUCACAGUUGCUCCCACUGGAGCUUGUGGACAAAUGUAUUGGCUCCCGAAUUCACAUCGUCAUGAAAACCGACAAAGAAAUCGUCGGCACCCUGCUGGGUUUUGACGACUUUGUCAAUAUGGUCCUGGAAGAUGUCACAGAAUUUGAAAUCACACCAGAGGGACGAAGGAUAACCAAACUGGACCAGAUCCUCCUCAAUGGCAAUAACAUCACCAUGCUCAUCCCUGGAGGAGAAGGCCCUGAAGUAUGAGCUGAGAAUCAUCGCUGAAGGCUCAGACAGUUUUGUGUUGUUGAUUUGUGCCUCUCCUGUCUUGUGUUCCCCACUUGAUGAUAUCCUUAGUGUUGUUUUUUGGAUCGCUCCUUCUUGAUGUUAAGGGAGGGUAAUAUUUUUGUAAGAUUCCUAAUUGAGUAUUUGUUAUUAAAAAAAGGUUAAAUUUGAAGUGUGUCAUGAACAAAAAGAGGGUUUUUUUGUUUUGUUUUUUUACAAAUAAAUGAGAAUCACAAUUUGAAAAAA